UUCCCUAUCCUCCAAUCAAAAUUCGACAACUCAUUUUUACCCAAAGGAUAUUAUCCUCCCUCCAAAAAUCCAAAACCCAUUAUAUUCCCUUCUUUUUCCAUUUCUUGUUCCCAGCAUCAAUAUGCACGGCAGAGAGAGAGCGAGAGAUUGGGAGAGAGAGAGAGAGAGAAAGAGAAGAAGAAGGAGACACCUCCAUUCUCCACCACCACCGGUUAUCACCAUGACUGCCGGACUCCGGAGAACCACCUCCUUCCUCCAUUACAACCAUCAUCACCUCCUCCUCUCCGCCUCCCUCCAUAACCAACUGGAGCCACCACCUCCACCACCGGAAUACUCCACUGCCGUGCUUACCCUAAGCCGAGCUCAUUCCCAGCCGAGCUCUGUCGCCGUUCCGAACCGCCGCCAAAAUCACUUGGUAAAUCGUUUCGCCGGACGAGAGGUAGAGAAGACGAAGCAGAAGUGUCGUACGAUUCGAUCGAGUUCAACCCUAUUGAGAAAGAAGCUGAAAACCUUGGUCUCCGUGCGCAUAGUCGCUCAGAUUAAUUUAAGUCGACUUUAUUUUGGAAGCUUCUAAGUUUAUUUGGAAAUUGUAAUAUGUUGAUUUAUUCAAAACGAUUGUAAUAUAAUGACAUAUGCUUUUGAACUAGUGACGUAGUAAAUUUAUAAAUUUCUUUUGUGAAAAUAA